AUGUCAAACAACCCCAUUGUGUCACCGUUUCGGAUCUCGAACAAGGAUUGGGAGAAGCUGAAUCGCAACGAUGCUUUCAAAGCGGUCAAGGCCCACCUGAGACGCCAAGAGCUGGGAAUGGAUGCUCCUAGCUUCUGCUCAUUCCACCGUCGCUCAUGUUCCAAUCAGGAGCAGGAGAAGUUUCGUCUCCAUCGCGAUAUCAUCCACACCCUUCUCCUUCCCUUGUUCCUCCUCCACCAUCAAGCCUCUCGAAUCGCGACCAGUGUGUUACCCGGGAUCAAAGCAACGGACUGCGAACGUGCUUUUCGGGGAGAGGCACGCAGCGCCUAUGCCUGGCUGCAAUGCAUUCUUAGGGAGGAGCACGACUGGUACCAGACAGAGCGCUGCCCGGCGUGCAUCGUUUUGCACGUCCUCAACUCGGAGCCGACCAUCCGAUUUGUUGCUGUGGCGUGCCUGUUGUCGGACAACCUGCAGGGAUUGAGCCUGCUCGACACGCAGAAGCGACUGCCCAGCUUCGAUUUCUGGUUCGGGGCGUUGGAAAGGGCAGUCCGGGAGGAUCCUUUCUGGGGCAAUGACUUCUGGCCGGAUAUUGAGCACCGCGCGCGUACGUUGACCGAUGCUGUCCAGGAGUUGGUGGUGCAGUGUCUGGAACUCCGAGCCGCUGUGGAGCGCCAGAGCCUGCAAUCUCAAUCGCUGUACAACGCCGCCGCUCACGUUCGGUGCGACUUGACGCAGCAGCAAACGGCCCACACCGUUGCCAUGAGGUCGUCUAAUUAUGCCCGUAAACACUCUCGGAAGACGGUCGAGGAGCACAAGUGUCUUGCUAAAGUGUCUGCGAACAGGUGUCUGCAGUCUCACUACAACGACGGAACUCAGGGACUGCACCCUCGCAGUCACGCCGCAGCGCGGAGAAGAACUGUCACCUCGUGA